AUUUACUCACUGACAGUUUGAUUUUUUGCUCUUCUGCACAUCAUUAAGUCACUAAAAAUGGAUGUUGAGGAGGACAACGUUGAUAUCAUCGGAGCAAGAGAGUCACUGCAGAGAAUUUCGGACAUCGUAAAAGAUGAUUCAGUGUCUGCUUCAAGCAAAGAAAAGUGCUCGGUCUCAAAAACAAUAAAACUGGCCCAGAAAUUUCAGGAUACUGCUGGCGUGGAAAAUCUGGGCAGACCUUUCGUUUCAUUGGAGUGCAUGACGGACUUCUUCAUGCGAAACAAAAAACUCGAUCCCAUCCUUGCCAACGUGGACAGCUCUACCAGCGUGGAUGGCACCUUGAUGAGCGAGUACUUAUGGCACAACUUCCACAAAAGGGCGGCUGCUGGCCACUUUUUGCCAAGCAGUAAAAGAACCAAAAUGGUCCGGCCUGAGAAAAGAGAAGAAGUUUCUCCGUUUCAAACAGCUGUUGUUGUCGAGGACGCCUGGACAAAAAUCGAAGACUUGCCACUGUUCGCCAAGGAGCCUGCUGGCCUCCAAGAACCGGAAAAAGAGGAGGAGAUGGAGGUCAUGGACUCAAACAACACCUACCUUGACUCCCAAUCUGCGGAGGAUGAAAAAGUUUCCGUAGCCGAGUUUCUAGCCCAGUGCCAAGAGUCAAAAAGCGGCACCUUUCCCCCCGAAUUCUUCUCCAAACUCUGUUCGCAGCCUGAAUCGAAUUUGCUCACCCUAUUCGCCUCCUGCAGCAACUCAGACCUGUUCAUUCCCCUCCUUCUGCACUCCGCCACCGAGAACAUCAAACUGCUGAUUCCCCUGUGCGAGAAAAUCCUGCUCCCCUUGUCCAGACGUGACGGCUUCGACGUCACCAUCAUCGGCAAAACCUGCACCCUGAUGAUAUCGCAUCCACUCCUGGUGUCCACGCACCUGCUGGUUCCCUUGGCCAGGGAUGAUUCGAGCGGCAAAGCUCUGUCCAUCAAGCUGACCAACCUGUGCGAAAACGAGGAGGUCAGGCACACAUUCCUGACGUGUUUGUUGAAUUCGGACUGGACCGCCAGAAAGGGUGACCUUGAGUUGCUGCAGUGUCUGUUAGGUUCUUCGAUUCCAAGGAACGCGGUGAUUGUCCAGUUGGUUUGCCAGAUGUUCAGAGACGCGGACGCCGAACUGAAAAGCAGCUCGGAUUUUGCGAAACUGCUCCUGCAAGCAAUUAAAACUCUGAAGGGUGACCUGACUGAGGAGUGUCGAAUUCUGCUCCGAGCGGCUGUGGCUGAGAUUAAAUCUCCUCUGAGAGGCCUUAUGGAGAAGCAGCUGCGGUGAUUUAUUUCAUAAAGGUGAAUAUUUUGUUUUUUGAAAUUCAGGGAGGAUUAUAAAUAAAGAGCGAGAUGAACUAUUUGAA